AUGGACCCCUACUCGCCCGAGGGAGAGCUCAUAAACAUCCACUCGGCCUUCCACGCUGGCGCCUACCAGCAGGUUCUCGACUUCGAUACUUCAAAUUUCUCCUCGUCAAAUGCGCUUCCCGUUCGCGUCCUCCAGCUCCGCAGUCAAAUCGCGCUCGGCCAAGCACAAGCCGUGUCCAACGAACUCGCAUCCGAGAAGACACCAGAUCUGAUCGCAGUGAAGCUACUAGCCGACUAUGAGCAGUCCAAGGACGUAGUAAGCCAGGCGAAGAAGCUGGCAGAGCAACAUGGGCAGGACAACUUGACGGUGCAGCUUUGCGUGGGCAUGAUAUUAGAAAGGGCGGGCGAGACUGAGGCCGCGCUCAAUGUGUUGAGCAAGCACCAAGGCAGUUUGGACGCCGUUGCACUCAUCGUACAAAUCCACCUCCAACAAAACCGCACAGAUCUCGCUGCAAAAGAGGCUCAGCGUGCACGGAAAUGGGCACAAGACAGCCUGCUUGUCAACAUCGCCGAGAGCUGGGUUGGCAUGCGAGAAGGCGGCGAGAAGUACCAAUCUGCAUUCUACGUCUUCGAAGAGCUAGCCACGAGCUCUCAAUCCACCUCCCCACACUCCCUCGUCGCACAGGCCGUAUCAGAACUCCACCUCGGCCGCCUCCCGGAAGCCGAAGCCGCUCUACAACAAGCGCUUUCCAUCGACGGCACUUCUGCCGACACACUCGCCAACCUCAUCGUCCUUAACACGCUGCUUGGUAAGAAGGAGGACGCUGAGCAACUGAAGUCACAACUGCAAUCUUCGGCACCACAGCAUAGGGCUAUUGCAGACUGGGCGAGCAAGAAAGAGGAGUUUGCAAAGGCGGCAGCAAAAUACACGCCAAAGUUCGAGGUGGCCUCAUAG